UGGGAUGUUGACAGGCCUCCUGUACGUCGCCAUGGUAACCAUACAGAAACCAAACCUGUACGGGUAGUCGGGUACCGCGGUACAUGAAUGAUGAAAGAGACAAUUCACACACUUCCUUUAGUCUCCCUUCCCCGCUUCCGCCGUUCGAGUGUCGUGAUAAGCAAGUGAUUUUUUUUUUUGUAGACACAUACCUUAUUUGGAACGUCAACCAUGGCCUCUGUGAAAUCGUCGUGGAAAGAACGUUAUGACAGUGGGAGAAAGUAUAAUCCUUCAUGGGAAGAAAAGUUUGUAUGGGUUACGAGGACAAGUGAUGGGAGUGAGAAUGCAUUCUGCAAACUUUGUAAAACUACCCUUGCUCCCAGGGCCAGUCGUUUGGCAGAGCACGAAAAAUGCAAAGGACAUGCAAGUAGAGUGAAAGCUGCGUCAGGUAGCAGGGGUCUGCGAGAAAUGUUCUCUCCACAAGAGCGAAAAGAAGAGGAGAAGAAGCGAGUUGAACUAGAAUUAGCUGUGGCUAUUUAUUGCCAUUGCAGUAUGGCAAAUGUUGACCAUAUUGGUGAAAUAAUCAGAAGAAAUGGAAGAGGAAGUGAACUACAAAAUAUUCAGCUCCAUCGUACCAAGUGUACUAAGCUUAUUUCUAGAGUUGUCUCUCCCGCCUUGCUGGAUGAGUUGAAAGAGGAUGUGAAGGGUAAGAAAUUCUCUGUCCUUGUUGAUGAGGCAACAGAUUUGGCAGUAAACAAGCAUGUAUGUGUUGUAAAUUAGAUAUUUCAGUGAGUCAAGAUGCAAAAUUGCCACAGAGUUUGUAGGGUUGGUGCCAGUUGUUGGUGCUACAGGCAAUGAAUGAUAUAUUCUUAGCACUGAACACUCUGCUUGAAAAGAUCGGAUUAACGCUGUCUGACUGUGUUGGAUUUGCAAGUGAUGGCGCGUCUUCAAUGACAGGAGAACACAACUCUGUGUGGUCCAGAGUGAGACAGCAGUCACCAUAUUGUCAGCUAAAUAAGUAAGUGUGUCUGCCACUCACUAUCCCUUUGCGUGGAAAAGGCAUUUGAUAAGCUUCCAUCUAGUCUUGGAUAUCUUCUGCAUGAAAUCCCUAAGUGGUUUAGCAAGAGCAUAAUCCGCAGAGAGAAGUACAAGGAACUUUUCCUUGUUAUGGAUCCCAAUGAAGAGAGAAAGGGAACUCCUCUUCCUUUUCAAAAGCUUUCAAAUACACGUUGGCUUGUAAGAGGAAAGGUUCUCUACAAUCUUUUAGUAAACUGGGAAGAGCUGCAAGCUUAUUUUGCUGUUGCAUUGCCUGUAGCAGAUGCCUCUUGUCACUAUAAGGCACGAGAAAUCUUGAACAUGCUCAAAGACCCUCUUAAUAAGCUCUACUUUCACUUUGUCACACCAGUUGUCUCAGAAUUCGAGAGGGUUAAUGCACACUUCCAAACAACUGAUGGUGACCCACAAGAACUGCUCAGAGAAUUGGUUCUACAUCACAAGAGCUUGCAAGACAGAGUUGUCGACAGAAUGGGUAAAGCACUACCACAACACAAGGUGGACUAUGGUGCUAAAUUCACACAGGAGUUGGAUGCCUUCUUAAGCAGUCAGAAAUAUUCUGCUGAAGCUGUUCGUAAGGUAAAUGAACUCAAAGAAAGAUGCUCAAAUCUUUUGCUAGAAGCUUUGACUCAGGUCGAAAAAAGACUACCAGUGGCCAAAGAUAUCUUCAGAGAAUUAAGUGCAUUCACUCCAAAGAAGGUAUUGAGCCAGGUAGAACGUGUAUCAUUCACAAACCUACCCCUACCUCACCUGCGUAGCUGCAAUGAAGAUAUCAUUGAAGAGCAAUAUAGAAAAAUACUACACGUAGCAUGGACUGAAGAGUCAAUUUUUGAUGGUGAAAUUCCUUUAGAUUCUGUAUCUUUUUGGUCAAGAGUACAGCAGUACAAGACGUCAUCUGGGAAGUACGUCUUCAAAGAAUUAUCCAAUUAUGUCCUGGCUUGCCUAACAACCCCAGUCAGCAACGCAGUGGUUGAAAGAAUAUUUUCAACGGUGACUAACGUAAAAACAAAAUCAAGAAAUCGCCUUCAUACUGACAUGUUGGAUUCCAUCAUACGAAUUCGCUCGCACCUUCAGUUCCAAAAUAAAUGCUGUAAGGACUUCAAGGUUACAGCUCGCAUGCUGCAACUAUUCAACGCUGCGAACAUGUAUGCCACUCCAAACCAAGAGGAAGAAAUAGAGGAUAUACUGGAAUACUUCAACUAACAACGUCAGUGCCUUACAAAUGAAUUUACCUGAAAUUUGGCAGGAAACUGAAAAAAAUUGGCCGAUUUGGCCGUGACUUUGGGUGAGAUUUGGCCGUCAACUGCUGUCGGACAUCUGGCAACCCUG